AUGCCCGGACAACGACCAAAGCUCGGUAAGCUGGCAACGCCAGUCUCGGCCACGUUCCCAUCCGAGAUCACCUCUGCUGCCACGGCUACACCCAUCUCUGCUGUGGCCUUCCCCGUCAAGCCGGAUCCCGACUACAUCAAGACUCCCAUCAGUCCCCCUAUGGCCUAUACCGACUUUCUAUCCAAAGCCAUUUCUCUCAACUCACCACUUCCGCCUACUGGUGACUCCACACCAGAGUCUGCAUCCAUGCCGGGGACGGCGAGCAGCGAGCAGUCGUCGUGCUCAUGCAAGGUGGAAGAGUCAUCACCCCCAACCAGCGUCGACGGUGACAAGCCGUCCCCUCCUGCCACUGCUCCCAUUGUGCCGCCGAGUCCCUUUUGCCCCUCAGCGGCACCAAUGUCGGCCCCUCCUACGGGACCUGCCACCUUCCCUAGCCUGCGAGUCCCCCAAAGUCCUUCAGUUGCCAACCUGGACUCGCCAGUCCGUUCGCCCUAUAGCGCACGGUCAAUUCACUCCGCGUUUGACUGGGACGCGGCUCUCAAGGCCCGCACGCAGUCUCUGAAGAAGCAGCCCUCCCGGACCAGUGUACGGCACAUUAGGGAGGUAGUGACCAGGACCGUCACCUACACUCCACGAAUGGAUCCGGCACCCAAAGGCAAGAGGCGCAAGGUCGAAUGA